AUGCUGGCUCGAGCUGUGCUCUGGUUGCCCUCGCAACACAUGCUAGCAGCUUUGCCUCGAGAGAAUCGUCUUCCGAUCAUUCCUCAAUUCAGGCUGACAGAGGGGAGACCAUGCCUGACGAACAUCUUAGAACGCAAGCGCUGGCGGACAGUUCUGGGUUUGGGUUCAUUAAGCUUGUGGAGCCGGGGCCGCUCUUGCCGAAAGUGUGUUGCUGAGGACAUUGAGGUGGAAUGCCUUUUCUACUGCCUGGCACGAGUGCCUAGCGGCUUCGAGCGUGUGUCCGUCAUCGUGGGUCCAGAUGCCACGCGGGUGAUGUUCAUUGAUCGGAGCCCCGCCUGCCGUGGCUCUAUGCCCGAUAUGAAGCUCGGGAUGACACUAUCUUUGAGCUGCUUGUCUUAUGCUUUCACCUGGCCAUGUGAGGAGAUGUGCUGUGUGCGAAAGUCCUCGGUCGAGCUGCCAGAUGGUUCACUGCUGGAGUUCCACGAUCAAGGUGCCUUUGCCGCUUGGCUGAAAGCGACGCAUGCAAGCAAUGUCGCAAGGCUCGGAGUUGCACAGAAUUGCACGCGGCAAACCUAG